AUGGACUUCUCACUCAAGCUCUACACAGUCAAGCCCGCUGACCGUAACUCAGGCACCGAGUUCACAACUUGCUUCACUCUCGGGGGUUUCCUGCACCCCUACCGGACACUGAACGAGGACGAGAAGAAGAGCUUGGAACAAACCAAAGAGAAGACGCGGCAGGCGGCAGGCGUGAGCAUUCAUCCCCCAGAAUGGGCGACGACUCUGAAAGAUCAUAGGUUGUGGAGGCUCAUGGACAAAGACGAAGUGACACCACUCAAAGAGCUCAUUCGGUUGGUCGACACAUCCGCCCACACGGAGUUGACGGAGCCCAAGACCGAGAGCUUUCAUGGAAAGGACUCUUUCACGGACGCGGCGUAUAUGGAGGCCGUAGAGAAUACACUGCAUGAUGCGCUCAAUAGUGCUCGGAUUAGUGGGGAUGAGAAUGCAAUGGUGAAGGGCAUCAACGCGCAUUACAAGAGCAGGAACUUUGACAAGAAGGCGUCUAACAAGUUUGUAAAGAAAACUUGGAAGAUUGCUGAAGGCUUAAUUGAGCGACUGGAGAAGUGGGAAACUCUUGGUGAGGACCAGAAGACGGGAAUUGGGCUUUGGUGUUUACAUAUGGGUCUUUUUCGGAUUUAAUACCAGUGGACGAGGGCGAUUAAGAAAAAGAG